GAAGCGUUGUAGGCGACGUGCUGUGGUGGCAUGUGUUGACUUCAGACAAAUAUAUUAUGGUCAGCGAGCGCGGAUCUGCAUUAUAUUACACUGUUUCAGUGACCUGAGCAGAAGCAAUUCAUAAAUCUGUUGGAUUCUAGGCUUCUCAUAUAGCCUUCUAUCUUCCUAGGCUGACCUUGAAGAAACUAUAGGCCUAUCAGAUGACCCAAGUGACUAUGGUAAAGGAAAACCAUGGCAGAAUCAAAGAGCUCUGUGGAGAGGACCAGAGAGUGUAGUGCAGUAGGAAACAACACUGAGAAAAAUUCAGAGGCUGCGGCAUACCUGUUCUUUUGCCACACAUUUGAAGAGCAGAAAAGUGAUCACUUAGCAGAGAGUACCUCAUCCAAGACUGACUCGGAUUGCAUCAUCAACAUUGAUGAUGACAGCAAGGAUCCUUUGGUUGAAGGACAAAUUGUCCAUGUUCAGGAGGAUCCAAGUCUUCUCUAUGUGCCACAGGAUACAGAAGCAAAUUCAGAAGAGAUUCUCCCGGACGGGUUAAGGCCCCGUUUAUUGGAAGAAGAAGGGCUGUAUGUGGGUGAGAGGCUUCAAAUAGUGAAGAAAAUGUAUGAUAAGAUGUCUCAUCGACUCCUUGAUGAAUAUGAGGGACAGCGCUGGUUUGGAAAGGAUGGGUGCAUGGAUACAGUGCCCAACCCUCUGAAGAACUACUGGCAAGCUAUAAUAGAUUCUCCAUUUCCCAGUACCUCUGAUGAUUUGACCACUGCAUAUAUUAAACCUGUGGGGGUCAGUGGAAGUGGUGGAGGACGGUCAGAGACGAAGCCCGCUGCAGGACCCUGGCAGCUGGACCUGAAUUUGAAAGGGCUCCAGUUCACACAACACCCGCUCUUCGCCAAGGAACAUGUGCUGGCCAACAGGCUUCAGCGGUUGUGUGAAAACUACACAAGCGGAGGCGGCACAGACAAGGCCACUCUUCUUCAGGAGAAGCUCAGGGCAUUGAGGAACUCAAAAAUGCAAAUGAGUAAUCAUGGUCCAAGAUCCCUCUCAGGUUCUAAAGCCAUAACCAAACAGAUAAGGGAGACUCAGAGGAUGCUGAACCAUAUAAUGGAGGACAAUGCAGCAGAACUGAAGAAGAUCAUCUCUACGUGGCAGUGUCUGAAAGCCCUUAGAGCUCAGAACGGCCACAUCAGCACUUCUGCUAAACUGCAUUUCCAAAAAGUGGCGCUGAAAGAAGAGAAUGGAUCAUCCGUCCACUAUGAUGGAUCAGAUGCUGAUAGUGAGACAGAGAACAACAGGGAUGAGGAGGGCGCUAAUGGAUCUACAUUUUUGAAUGAUGACUCAAUCUUUAAUACGCACAGUGUGGCCGACUGGUUACAAGAUGUUCUCAACACACACUCUCAGAGGGAGAAAGCAGUAGAUGCGCCCCAUCUUACAACUCUGCCGGCUAAAAGGAGCCAUAUCCCCUUCAUUCCUGUCCUUACUAUGAAUCAGCCCAUCUCACCUGACUUGAGUUGUGACGGGAUAGAGCAGUGUAGAAGAGCAGCGUUGCGUGAGCUCUCCAUCUCUGUAAAAAUAUUUUACAAUGGAAAACUGGUCUCAGCUACGCCAAAGUCCCCACUGGACCUUAAUUUCAGAGUUCAUAUUGAGGAAACAUUUAGUAUGCAAGUGACAAACCGGCCAGAGAGUCUAAUGCUGGAGGUCUAUGAACAUGAGAAGUUCAGAAACACUCUUCUUGCCGAGGUUUACCUACCCAUCCCACACAGAAAUGUAUUAUCAUCUAGUGCAGUAGUGGAGACGUUGCAGUUUGGCAGUGAGCGAAGAGCUGGAAGCAGCCUCCUAGUAAGUGCUGGUGACAGGAGCCUGUGGAUGGGGACCACUGCUAAGCUCUGCUACAUGCUGUCAUGGGCAGUGGAUGAGUGGGGCUUCCCUAAGGCACCCCCCACAGAGCCUGCAGUCCCACCGCCAUUUGGAGACUCGGUGGCUGCUCGAUUAAACAGGCAGCAGUUUGAAUGGCUGAUGAAGUUGCAGUUUGACCCCAAUGAUCCUGCAAACUCUCGCCUUCAUGAGCUCAUCAGGGAGUUGCAAAAAAUGGAAAAGGAGAACUCAGGUGGAUAUUUUCGCCUGGAGGAGCCACACGACAGCUUUGCCACAGAUGAGCAGCUGGACAGGGUUUGGCGUUUUCAACUGCUGCGUUUGAGGGAAAGUGUGAAUACCCCUGAGGCCCUACGUACACGUCCCAUCCCCCUCCACGAAAGAAACAUCACAAAAGUGAUGUUGGAGGAGUACACGGCAGGUCAGGUCGAGCUGCCACCUAGAAGGAGAGAUGACUUCACAGGAGACAGGAUGUGGGUCAUACAGUAUCUUCAGCAGCUGAUCAGUGACAUUGAGAAAAACAUGCAGCUCAUGGAGAAAAAAUACAAGCUGUCUGACAUUGUCUGGGAACACCACGAUGCUGGUGAACCAUUCCGGAUCAACUGGGACAUGUUCCGGAGACCACGGCAGCUGAAGCCUAGACGUCAGGCUGUGGAGCGCGUGUCUCCCGGCCAACUGCCCCACACUGACCCAGUGGUCCGUGUCAACAUUCAGAGUGCCAUGCACUUGCCUGUUCGCCAGCAGUCACAGAGGGAUAUGGAGAACCGUGGAGCUUAUUGUGACAUGUCCAGUGGCACAUCCAGCCUUACUCGCUCGACAUACAGAAGCAGCCCCAAGCUCCAGCCUUUUGUUGAGGUGACCUUUCAGGGGGCAACCUUCCAGACCCGAGAGGCAGAGGGGCCUGACCCAAUCUGGAGAGAGGAAUUUACUUUCCUAUUUUGCUCCCCAGGUGGUGACUACAGUCAUGCAGGUCUUGCCAAGAAUCAGGAUGACAUCAUCAUUGACGUCUUUGAUGUGGUUUCUUUUCAACUGACAGAGAGAGACACACUGAGGGGAUGUGGAGCUCACACCUACUUUGGGAAGCAAUGGCUAGGCUCUGUCACCGUACCUUUCAGGGCCCUUCUUCAACAACACAAGCUGGAGUGCAGUGUCCAGAUCAGGAUUCCCCAUGCACUGCUGGGCUACAUGUGGGCUAGCGACCAGGUGGAUGAACACCAAGACCAAGCCAGCUUCCUCCGAGUCCUCAUCGCUCUCGAGCCGCCCAUCUCCUCUAAAGACGAACCCUCAGCCUUAGAGAUCACACAGAGGUCCACGUGGAUGAUCCCAGCAGAUGAGAGCAAGGACACCGUGCAGUUGGCGUGUGAGUUUGACAGGAAGUGCAGGCCUGCUGGUGGACACAAAAGACUCGUCAGCUUCGUACUGAACAGCAAGGGAGAGCUGGCGCUGGCUACCAGGUUUUUCAGACCCCUGCUUGCUCCACCUGGGAUCCUUCAUCGAGACGGGGAUGAGCAGUUUGACAAUGAGAAGCUUACUUUAUUGCACCAGAGGAGAUUAGCAGCCUUUGUGUCUCUGAUUCCCGUGUUGCCAAGCACAUCUGAGGUUGGAGACUACGGGGAGAUGUGGUUUACAUCAGAGCAAUGCCUGGAUCUGGGGAUUGGAAACAGCACUAGCCUCGCGGUCCUGCUCUGCAACCUCUUUCUACAUAUGGAAGACAUGAAGGCAUGGGUUGUUCUGGGCUCCUCUGUCACAGAGGAUAGAACGGCAUUUGUGUAUUCCUCUCACCCAUAUUCUAAAGAACUGCUCUGGAAUCCAAAAGAUGGACGGCACUACUCUGUGCCUCUCAGCCACCCAAUCACAAAAGUGGACUACCUGGUCAACUGGCAAAAUGUGUGGUUUUACAAGAGCAGAGUGAGUCCUGUACCACUGACAUUUCAGCUGUCGAAUGCUUCUGACUGGAUCCACUUGUUCCCGGAAAGUUCCCAACCUGUCUCUGGACAGAAGGCCUUUGCAACACAGUAUCGCCUGCCUGAACCUGAUCUGGUUGAUGAUCUACAAAGCAGCUUAGGGAAGCAGCUAAUGCGCAGUGUGAUGGAGUGGCGGAGCCCCCACCCCACCCGCUGGAACAGGAAGUGUCCCAUGAUCCUCCACAGGAUCCUGCCCCAGCUGGAUGCCCAGCAGGACCUCGCCACACCACACUACAUGCAGGAGGUGGCGCACAUGGUGGCCGCACAGAUGCCUGGCUACAAGGUGACAGGCAUGGCCUUUCGCAUGGGUUUCUCUGGAGUGGAUGCGGUCGUGGAACAAGUUCGACACACCCAGAUCCACAGCACCGAGAUCCCUGGGACAGAGUUUGCCCUGGCUGUCUACAUCCGCCCCUAUCCAAAUAAUGUUUUGGCUGUCUGGGUAUUCCUCACAGCAUUGGUGAAGGACCAGAAAGGCCCAUUCUACCUGCCGCCAUGUCACAAUGAACACAAGGAACACCAGUAAUGCAGAGACAUGAGUGGAGCUCAGAGAGGCAAGAUCAGAAUUCUCUCUUGGCUGAAGCCCGCAGGCCAGAUCCGGCCCGGGCAUGGCAUGGCAAACAUUUGGCCCGCCAUGAGGUUGGAACAAACGAGAACAUGUGUGUGUUAGUGUGUGCGAUCUGUGGCCAUACGGUCAGGCCAUUUAUUUGGCCCUCAGCCUGAUUUGCACUACAUAAUUUGGCCCCUGGCGAAAAAUAAUUGGAGACCACUGCCCUAGAUGAUGAAACAGAUGCCUUCGAAGUAAUCUAAUGAGAAAAUGUUAAUGCAUUAUUUUGCAUGUCACCAUUUACAAAUACUGUUAGUCAUUGUUACUUAUAGUUGAAAUUGAAUCAAACUGGUGAUAACACUUGCAACUGUUUAAAUUCCUUGGCAAUAUACACCUUCUGAAUGCAAUAAAUGACAUUUGAGGA